AUGAAAGCCUCAGUCAAACUUAGGGAAGAUCAGAAACCUUUAUUGAGAGCAAAAAUCCCAUUAAACAUUUCGAGCUUCCGGCUCCAAUCCGGAAUAGUUGUCGGUGAAUCCAAAGAAUUUUCUCUAAACCUCGGCACUUUAUUUGAUUCCGGGCCUUCUUUCAAAUUCUGUUACCGUCCUAAUGAUUCACAAAAUCCCUGUAGCUUUAAUGUCAAGACUGGGAUUGGACAAUUCGGGUCACCGAUCGGAAGCCCUUUAACCAUGAGCGCGGAGUUUAAUUUAACUAGCAGUAAAAAACCCGGUUUUUUCAUCCAUUUUAAACCUGAUUUUGGUGAUUUUUCGGUGAAAAAAUCGCACUAUUCGGAAUCUGUCGAGGGUUUGGGCGAAAAAUUAACCGGCCACUUCACGGAGGGGAAGCAUCUUUUGGAUCCAAGGGCAGUGGCGAGACGGGUGGAGGGAUUGUUGAAGGGAACGGAGGUUAGUGCAAGGACGGCGUUGCCGGUGUGGGAUUUGGCCGUGGUAAAUCUACGGUUGGCACUAAGGGUUCCGCCGGCGGUGGCGGGCGGGAUUAGAUUGCCACUGUUGGUAAUGAAUAAAAUAGGAAUCCAACGCGUGGCAGAAACUGCUUCGCCCAACACAGACGGUGCUGACGUGUUAAAGACAUGUUUGGAUGUGAAGAGACAGGUUGAAGUUUUUCAAACUGAGAAUGAGAUGUUGAGACAGGCUUUGAAUGAUUUGAGAACAGAAAUAAGUGCUGGAAAAGUAAACCUUUUAUCACAUGAAGUAGAAAAAAAUAAGGAAAAUGGGGCCUAA